AUGAUCAGGAGGGAGGCAAAUACCAUGAACCAUCUCCCCGAGAGGGUUUGGAAGGUGAAGGCUUUGAUUCCCUUCCAACUCUGGAACUCAGCAGGCAUUGCAAGGAUUCCCUAUUUCCCUUCUAGGAGGCUUCUGAAAAUGGGCUCUGAAAGAUCUGUUCCCAUGACAAAGCUUCGUGCUUUCUUCUGUGUUUCUUCCAGGCAGAACAGGGAACUGACAUUUGCCGCUUCAGGAAGGUUCUCCUUUUCAGCUGGCUUGAAACCGGCUUUCCUUAUUCCCAAGGCCGCUCUCUGCCUCAUAUAUUGUUUGCCAGUGUUAUUAACUGUAGCCCCACUAAACAUUCGUGUAGCCAAUACCAAGGCUCAUUACCACGAAGCAAUGGAGAAUCCCAAGAAUCUGGAAGAAGGGCUUGCCCAUAGGGAAUCACUUGGAAGCGCAGAAAAGCAGAAUGAAGUUUCUGAACACCCGGAAGCUGAAGAAAAAGAAGAGCAGCAGCCUGAAAAGCAGAAGAGCAAGAGGGUUGCAACUUUGGAUGUCUUCAGAGGGCUAACAGUAGUGUUGAUGAUUCUGGUGGAUGAUGCCGGAGAAUCAUACCCUCAGAUUAAUCAUUCACCAUGGAAUGGCUGUAGAUUGGCAGACUUUGUGAUGCCCUUUUUCCUCUUCAUUGUUGGCAUGGCAAUAGCUCUGGCACUAAAGAGAGUACCUAAGAAGAGGGAUGCCGUAAGGAGGAUACUCACAAGGACAUUGAAGCUUCUCUUUUGGGGGGUUCUGUUGCAAGGAGGAUAUUCGCACGCUCCAAGUGACCUCGCUUAUGGAGUAGACAUGAAGCUGAUCAGAUGGUGUGGCAUUCUCCAGAGAAUUGCAUUGGUAUACAUGAUUGUGGCUCUGAUAGAGACGUUCACCAUCAAGCACAGACAAAAGAUCUUGAAUCCUGGGCAUUUCUCAAUCUUCACCGCAUACAGAUGGCAAUGGCUUGGAGGGUUCGUUUCUUUCCUCGUUUACAUGAUCACGACAUUUGCACUCUAUGUUCCGGACUGGAGUUUUGUGAACCACGACGAAAAGAAGAGAUAUAUGGUGAACUGUGGAAUGAGGGGUCACCUAGGACCAGCCUGCAAUGCUGUUGGCCAUGUGGAUCGAGCAGUCUGGGGUGUUAACCAUCUCUACGGUGGUCCCGAAUGGCGUCGGCUCAAGGCUUGCACUGUCAGCGCUCCGAGGUCAGGUGAUCUCCGCGAUGAUGCUCCUGCUUGGUGCCAUGGCCCAUUCGAACCCGAAGGCUUGCUGAGUUCCAUUUCUGCCAUCCUGUCUGGCACCAUUGGCAUUCAUUAUGGACAUGUUUUGAUCCAUUUCAAGGAGAAUUCCGAGAGGCUCAAACAAUGGGUUUCAAUGGCCGUAGGCCUGCUCAUCAUCGCCAUCAUUCUUCACUUCACUGACGCUAUUCCGAUGAACAAACAGCUCUACAGCUUCAGCUAUGUCUGCUUCACCGGUGGAGCUGCCGGUCUCGUGUUCUCUGGAUUCUACAUACUGAUCGAUAUGUGGGGAUGGAGGAUACCAUUUCUGUUUCUCGAAUGGAUAGGGAUGAACGCGAUGCUGGUUUACGUCAUGGCUGCUCAAGGUAUCUUUGAAGGGUUCAUCAAUGGCUGGUUCUACAAGUCCCCCGACAACACCCUCGUGUACUGGAUCCAAGACCACGUUUUCAAUGACGUUUGGAAGUCGGAGCGGGUGGGAACCUUGUUGUACGUGAUAUUUGCACAAAUCACAUUCUGGGCAGUGGUCUCAGGAGUCCUGCACAAACUGGGCAUUUACUGGAAGCUCUGA